GAGCGGGCGGCGGUGAAAACUCCAGAGUUGGGCUGCUCGUAAACCAAGCUGUCUGUUUAUAUGGAGAGCCUGGAGGGUGUCUGCCAUGAGUCUGCUGCUAACAACAAGAACUGGCUGGUUUGGGAGAAGACACUAACCCCCACGCUUCUUGCCCUGGGCCCUGCAGGAAUGCAACAGGAGCCAGUGCCGAGUCACAGCCAGGGCAUGUCCUGACAGCAGAAACACGUGCUCCUUCCUGCUCUGCUCCCACCAGCCCCCAGCUCUAUGACUGGGAUGGGAGCUUGUUUUUUAUACCAAAGAGGCCAGUUGAGGAGCUGUCAGCCAAAGGAGGUGGAGGGGCCCCAGAAUGAGGAGAGCCAAGGGCUGACUCCAGGACAGCAGAACGGAGGGAGCUGCCGACAAACAGACGAAUGCCUGAGUGAAUCUCCUUGGUGAGGCCUCAGUCUGAGCCCCACAGCUCCCUCCACAAGGUUAAGGAGUUUCACCUCUCCCAGGAUGACCAGUGCAGCCCCCUCUAAGAAGCCGUACCGAAAAGCACCACCACAGCACCGGGAGCUGCGGCCUGAGCUGUCUGCUCCAUGGGCUCAGCAGGAGGUCAGCAUGGUUGAAUGCCAGGAGUCCCUGACAGACUCGGAGAGGAUGAAGCUCCUGCAGCAGGAGAAUGAGGAGCUGCGGCGGCGCUUGGCCUCUGCUACCAGCCGGACAGAAGCCCUGGAGCGGGAGCUGGAGAUUGGACAGGACUAUCUGGAGCUGGAGCUGGGUCAGAGCCGGGAAGAAUUGGACAAAUUCAAGGACAAAUUCCGACGGUUACAGAAUAGCUACACAGCGUCACAGAGGAACAACCAGGAACUGGAAGACAAGUUGCACACGCUGGCCUCUCUUAGCCACAGCUGGAUUUUUGCAAUUAAGAAGGCUGAGAUGGACCGGAAAACCCUGGACUGGGAGAUUGUAGAGCUGACUAACAAGCUCUUGGAUGCUAAGACCACCAUUAACAAGCUGGAGGAGCUCAAUGAACGCUACCGGCAGGACUGUAACCUGGCUGUGCAGCUGCUUAAGUGCAACAAGUCCCAUUUCCGAAACCAUAAGUUUGCUGAUCUGCCCUGUGAACUUCAGGACAUGGUUAGCAAGCACUUGCACAGCACACAGGAUGCCCCUGGUCAUAGCCCUGCCCCUAGCCUGGCCCCAGGAGCUGUGGUGCCCACCUCAGUCAUUGCUCGAGUACUGGAAAAGCCAGAGUCACUCCUGCUCAACUCUGCCCAGUCUGGCAGCGCUGGACGCCCUGUAGCUGAAGAUGUCUUUGUGCAUGUGGACAUGAGUGAGGGGGCCCUGGGCAAUCCUGCCAGUCCCACGGCUCCAAGGAGUCCCACUUCUCAAGCCAAUGGGGAGUGCUGCCCACCAGGCAGUACUCGGGGCUCAUCAGAGGAAGAGCUGCCCUUGCCACCCUGUGAGAAGUUGAGCCCUUACCCUACUCCACCACCCCCACACCCAUUGUACCCAGGCCGAAAAGUGAUUGAAUUCUCCGAGGACAAGGUGCGAAUCCCCAGGAAUAGCCCUCUGCCCAACUGUACCUAUGCCACCCGACAGGCCAUCUCUCUAAGUCUAGUGGAGGAGGGGUCAGAUCGGGCCCGACUCAGCCCUGGUAGCCCUGCCUCCACCCAGGCUUCACCUCAACCACUUGCCAGUCCGCCCUCUGUACCUAGUGCUGUGGCCAGCUCAGCCAGCUCUGAAGAGGAUCUGCUAUUGGCCAGCUGGCAGCGAGCAUUUGUGGAUCGGGCACCUCCACCUGCCCCUCUGACCCAACGUACAGCCUUUGGGCACGAUGCGCUUCCAGAUUUGCACAGUUUUGCUGGCAGCACCUCAGAUAAUGAGGACACUGGCCCUGUGCCCUCCUCUCCAGUUGGUGAGGGGUGUCGACUCUUGCCUUUUCCCAACCCACCCCCAUCCAGGGAUGAUGAUGAGUUGAACCUGCCCAUUAGCCCUGCAGAGGAGUGCCAGAAACUGCUUCCUGAAGAGGAAAGGGAAGGGUCAGGGUCAGGUACCUCUCCUGGGGAGGGGAGGGUUCGAUUGACCUCUAACCGUCCUCAGAGAAGCCCUAAGCGGAUGGGUGUGCACCAUUUACACCGAAAGGACAGUCUGACCCAGGCUCAGGAACAGGGCAAUUUGCUUAACUAGGUCCUCAUCACCCCUAAUCCCUGCUAACACCUGUCCCUCUCUCCCCACCCUUCCCCCACCAUACAUACCACCAGGUUGUUACUGCAUGGGGGAUACUGAGGCAUCUUGCUCACUCACUCUAAACUCAGGUUCCCCAACCCUCUGCUCCUUGGACCAGCCAGUUGAUGCCAUUAAAAAGCAGGGACCUUGACCCUGGAUGCAGCAUUGAAUCAGUCCCUUCACCCAACUUUAGCUUGGCCAUUUCUAAAAUUGGGACACCAGAUGACUGUCCACAUAUGGCCCUUUAGGCCCUUACUGAUCUGUGCUGAGCACAGGACACUGUAUCUUUUCCCAAACCUUGACCAUCUCGUGUUUUGGUCUGCACUGGGUAUUUUGAGUAGGAUUGGGGUGGGGGAGGGAUCGGGGAAGGUCCUGUCAGUAUUUGCCCCCAAGUCUACUUCUCCCUCAAGGGAGUUUAUUUUGGGGGGAAGGGGUUGUUUUUGAACCCCAAGUUUCUAUUUACUUAUUACCUGAAAACCCUUUCCAUGGCAGGGGCUAUUGCUAUAGGUCCCUCCAGUAGAGUUGGCCCUGUGGAGGUAAGGGUGAAGGGAGGAUGGCAUAGGGCUUUCUGUUUCCUCCUUGGGGACAGUGGGGUGAAGAGAAAUCUGCCUGGGCUGGCCCUAGACCCAGGGAAGACUAGAGGUGCCCCUCCCCUCCUUUGGCUCUAGACUGUUACUCUAAGCUUUGGGAAGUUUUCACAUUGAUGAGUCUAUUUUAAAAUCAGAAAUAAACUAUUUUAUCUGAA